UGUCAGAGAUCGAGAUCAGCUAGACAUGGCUCCUGCCAUGAAGAUCGUCUUCGGUCUCUUGACAUUUGUCACUGUCGGAAUGGUCAUCGCUUCCUUGUUACAAUUGGCCUUUAUAAAUAGAUUGGAAGAUUCGUACGGAACUGGAUUUCCGUCUCUAAGAGGGCUUCGAGGCCAGAACACCCGCUAUCUACGAGAUGUUACCCGGUGGGCAAAUGACAAAGAUGCAGAAUUGUUACGGAUUGGCAAUGUCAAGCCUGAAGUAGUCAGUUGGUCCCCUCGAAUUAUUGUGCUUCAUGACUUUCUAAGUCCGGAGGAAUGUGAAUACCUAAAAGCAAUCGCCCGGCCUCGCCUUCAAGUUUCCACUGUUGUUGAUGUAAAAACCGGAAAGGGAGUUAAAAGUGAUGUAAGGACAAGCUCUGGAAUGUUUCUAACUCAUGUAGAAAGAAGUUAUCCAAUAAUACAGGCAAUUGAAAAGCGAAUUGCAGUCUUUUCUCAAGUACCAGCGGAAAAUGGAGAACUUAUUCAAGUUCUAAGAUAUGAGCCGAAGCAGUUUUACAAACCACAUCACGAUUACUUUGCUGACACUUUCAAUCUGAAGCGUGGUGGUCAACGAGUAGCAACAAUGCUUAUGUAUCUAACUGAUGACGUCGAAGGAGGAGAAACUUAUUUCCCUUUGGCUGGUGAUGGUGAUUGCACCUGUGGUGGCAAAAUCAUGAAAGGCAUCUCUGUUAAACCCACCAAAGGAGAUGCAGUUCUCUUCUGGAGCAUGGGACUCGACGGACAGUCAGAUCCGAGGAGCAUUCAUGGAGGAUGUGAACAAAGAAAAACAAUGGCGGCUUCUCUGCAAUCAGCAAACCCUACAUUGUCACGAACCCUAGCUUCUCCGAACAAAUCUCCCUCCUUCGCCACCUUCCGAUCUCCAUUCCUCAGAUUCAAUUCCACCUCCGUCGCUUCCAAUUUCAAACCCCUAGUUUCUCGAGAAGCAUCCUCAUCGUUCGUCACACGCUCCGCCGCCGAGCCACAAGAGAGAAAAACCUUCCAUGGACUCUGCUAUGUCGUCGGUGACAACAUCGACACUGACCAAAUCAUUCCCGCAGAGUUUCUCACUCUCGUCCCUUCGAAUCCAGAAGAAUACGAGAAACUCGGUUCCUACGCUCUAGUUGGUCUUCCAGCUUCUUACAAGGAACGAUUCGUUCAGCCAGGAGAGAUGAAGACGAAGUACUCAAUCAUCAUCGGCGGCGAAAACUUCGGAUGUGGAUCGUCACGUGAACAUGCUCCGGUUUGUUUAGGAGCAGCGGGAGCUAAAGCAGUGGUGGCUCAAUCUUAUGCUAGAAUCUUUUUCAGGAACUCUGUAGCUACGGGUGAGGUUUAUCCGUUGGAUUCGGAGGUUAGGGUUUGUGAUGAGUGUAAAACUGGUGAUGUUGCGACUGUUGAAUUGAGGGAAGGAGAUAGUAUUCUGAUCAAUCAUACGACGGGGAAAGAGUAUAAGCUUAAGCCGAUUGGUGAUGCUGGACCAGUUAUUGAUGCUGGUGGUAUAUUUGCUUAUGCUAGGAAAGCUGGAAUGAUUCCAUCUGCUGCUGCUUGAUUUUGCCUUCAGGUAUGAUUCUGUAACUUAAUGAUGAUGAGGAUUGCUUAUAGGUUAGGAUUGAGAUCGAGUUUGUGGAAUAAUCUAGGAAGUUUGACAUUGAAUGAUGCAACACAGAGAUUUUUUCCUCUUCUUGUUGUCACUGGUUCUGAUUAGAGUAAGAGAACACAGUAGUUGGGAUUCUGGUUUCGUGUUGUUUAAAAAGUGUUGAUUUAGUGUGAGAUUGAUAAUGACUGGUUAACAAGUGUUUCAAAGUUUAUUCUUUCUCUUCACUUAAGAUUUAGGUUACCAGUUCUUUUAUCUUUCCAUUUGUUCAAUUAGAUACGAAAGCUUUGCAACAUCUUUAGGUUGUAGUUGUUAGGAGGGUGUAUUGAACUUGUGUGAAAGUUGUGUUGUUGGCUGAUCUUUUUCAUGCCAUAUCCAUUAGACUUGAUUGUGAGAUUGUCCAAUAGUAGAACAAAACAUCAUUCUUAUU